AUGGAUGUGUUCAACCGACUGAGGUCCACGGUCUCGAACCUGAGUACCGUUCUACCAGGCAACCCAGUCACAAGGGAGUACGAAAUCAUCAAACAUGUGGGAAGUGCAGGACCUGGUCUUCUGUGGAAAAUAUUCCAAGCCACAAAGCGAAGCACCAAGGAGGAGGCAGCUGUGUUUGUUCUGGAGAAGAAGCAGCUUGACCGCUACUCCAAGAGGGACAGGGAACACGUAAUGGAACUUCUGAAGCAAGGAGUGGCGCAGCUAACACGACUUCGUCAUCCCAGCAUUCUCACUGUUCAGCAUCCAAUGGAAGAAUCAAGUGGUCCUUCAUCAGUCUUAGAGAAAAGCAAGGAUGGGAGUAACAAGCAGGGCGUGGCUGCAUUUGAGAAGAAACGGUUUAGAAGAAACAGUGAAUUGACUGGGGAGAGGAAAGUCUGGCAGUUUGCAACAGAGCCAGCAUUUUGUAGUUUAGCCAAUAUACUUGGCGAGACUGAGAACAUGCCUGUUCCUCCACCAGAGCUCAAGGACUAUCAGUUGUUUGACGUCGAAAUCAAGUAUGGGUUCUUACAGGUGUCUGAAGGGUUGGCCUUCCUCCACAAUGAUGUGAAACGCCUCCACCGUAAUCUCUGCCCCCAGGCGAUAGUGGUAAACAAGAAAGGUGCUUGGAAGAUUGCUGGAUUUGACUUCAGCAUUGGUGCCAACAAUCCACAGGAUCCUCAGCCUUCCUACCGGAGCCUGAACCUAGAGCCAGACCUCCCGCCCUUGGCUCAGCCAAACUUGAACUACCUGGCCCCCGAGUGCGUCUUGGCGGACUCCAACGACACCGCGAGCGACAUGUUCAGCCUCGGCAUCCUCGUCUAUGCCGUCUACAACAAGGGCAGCACUCUGUACGACGCCAACAGCAGCGUGGCAUCACUGAAGCAGUGCAUUAACAAGCAUUUAAAGCAUUUGUCGACGGGGAGGUUGAAUGCCCUGCCUGAAGAUGCCAAGGAGCAUGUGAGGAUGCUCCUGAGCGUGACACCAGAUAUCAGGCCAGAUGCGCACCAGUUCUCCAAGCUGAAAUUUCUGGAAGACGUGGGCGUCAAGACGCUCCAGUAUUUGGACUCCCUCUACCAGUGGGACAACCUGCAGAAAUCCCACGUCUACAAAGGGCUGCCCCAAGUGCUGGCACAAAUGCCAAAGCGUGUGGCCUUGCACCGCGUCCUGCCGUGCCUAGUGAAGGAGUAUGCCAAUCCGGACAUGGUGCCGUUCGUGCUACCAAGUGUACUGCUCAUUGCCGAGCAGGCAACCAAGGAGGAGUUCUGCUCCGUCAUCCUGCCGGACCUGAUACCGAUAUUUAGGCUGAGGGAACCUGUCCAGGUAUUAUUGAUCUUCAUGCAAAAAAUGGAGCUCCUCUUGACGAAGUGCCCUCCCGAUGACAUCAAGAACCACAUUCUGCCGAUGAUAUAUGGUUCACUCGAAUCAGAUGCCCAGCAAAUCCAGGAACUCUGCCUGAACAUCAUCCCGGACUUUGCACACCUAGUAGACUACCCGUCAAUGAAGAAUGCCCUGCUGCCAAGGAUUAAGAGACUGUGCCUUCAGACCAGUUUCCUGUCGGUGCGCGUCAACUGUCUGGUGUGUCUGGGAAAGCUGCUUGAGCACCUGGACAAGUGGUUGGUCCUGGAUGAAAUCCUCCCCGUGCUACCUGAAAUACGGUCAAAAGAGCCUGCUGUCCUCAUGGGAAUACUCGGCAUCUACAAGCUGGCCAUGAGCCACAAGAAGCUGGGUCUCACCAAGGACGUGAUGGCAUGCAAGGUCAUCCCGUUCCUCAUGCCUCUGACCAUCGAGAAUGGGCUGACGCUCAACCAGUUCCAAGCCAUCAUGGGCGUGGUCAAGGAGAUGAUUGCUGCUGUCGAGACGGAGCACAGGGCCAAGCUGGAGCAGCUCAACUCUAUCAAGCAGGAGCAGAGUGCUGCAAUGGAAAUGACUAAUCCCAACGAAAUUGUUCCUGGUCUCACACUGUCAAACAAAGCAAACUCUACGACGAGUAACGUCUACGAUGACCUGGGAAUUUCCAACUUCUCAGCACCUUCUCCAAAUGCCAAUGCUAGUAAGUCACCAACACAGAAACUUAAGCAACAGUCCCUUUCAAUGGAGGAAAAGCAGAGGCUGGCCCGCGAGCAAGAGUUCCAGCAACGCAUACAGACGCAGCCUUCACUGAUCCCGGCCAAACCCGCUCCUACACGGCCAGCGCACGAGCCAAAAGACUUGACGUCCACGCUGAUCAACUCCAACCUGGCCUCCCUGAACAUCCGGAGCCCAACGGGAUCCAACCCCUUCGGCGGUUCGCCCGGCUUCGGAUCGUCUCCCAACUACGCAUCCUCACCUGCGGUGACUAUUCCUCGUCCGGAAUGUCUCCGACAAUGCCUCAGUGGGCGUUCCAGGGCACCCAACAGGCAGCUGCGUCACCGAUGGCAAUGCCCACGCGGUUCGUGAUGCCACCGCAGCCGCUGAAUAGACAGCCGCAGCAGCAGCAACAACAAAUAAACACGUCUGCCUUUGACAACUUGCUUCCUCGUCUGAGCUCGGGGCCUCCGAUGGGUGCACCGCGACCUACGCUCAGCCAAAUGGCACCACCACCAACAAACAACUUCGGCAACUUUGUCAGUGUGCAACCACCGGUGCAGAAUUCCACUCCCUCCUACGCCACGCCCGUCAAGCCCUUGUCCAAAAGUGAAAUGGACGACUUGCUCAGCUGAGUUGUCGGGAAGAACUUUCGCCACAUUGUGCGGACUGGACAUCGCUGGUAUUGAUAGAGCAGAUCGACAGACGAUACACCGCUUGCAAUCGCAGAUGGUCUUCUAAGGAUUGCAGCCUGAACCAAGUGUUUGUGCCAGUAAACCGGUGUAAAUGAUGCAGUGGCCUUGAAGCAUCGCUUGUUUGUGCACAGCGGCUAUUGGAAGACUAUGUGUUCACGUGCUGUUUAUUGCCAAGCCUCCUCACUGCACUUCCAAAUGUGCUACCACCUUGUGACACUUGGCUUGGUGUGUUGUGUUGUGUGUUGUGCACAGCAUCAGCAAAGAAGGAUGCACAGUGGGAAGGAACACUAUCGCCAUGCAUUUUGUGAGCGUAAGCAAAAAGGCAAUGUGGUGCUUGUCAAAACUUUGCGGGUGAGCACGACAGGCACGCGUACAAUGCAGCUCACGAUUCACAAGCAGUUCUAAAAUGAAUUGAGGCUACAUCUGUCUGAAUUUACUGUACUUUAAUUUUAGAUAUGUAAAUUAAAGAGAAAAAUAUGACAAAACA